AGUGAGAUGAGAGCCUGGGGCUUGAGCUUCUCCCCGGUGCUUGGAGGUCACAGUGGAGCUGGUGGCCUGUAUUCGCUAGGUGGCUGUAUGACUCAGACUGAUUUGAUUGACUCCUCAGCUUCUCUUGCCUUAAGAAAUCAGUCCCCAGCUUCAUCCACCACCGUCGUGUUGGAGAAGGAAACUGAUCUGCGACGCAAGGAGUAUUAUAGCAAAGGAAGAUACCUGAGGUCCUCUCCCCACCCUGAACUUGAGGAGGACACAGAAGAUGAGCAGCGGAACAGCUCCACAAGCUUGAAUCAGGUGAUUGAGAAUCCCAUAAGCACUGAGGUCCGUCUGCUGGACCACACUGGAAGCCCCUCGCAGGAUUACAAGGCCACCGAGAGUUCCCUGAAGGUGACAGUGAUGUCAUCGAAGCCUGGUACUGCCCCGUCCUCCAAGGACAGUGGGUCCCGAGCAAUGUCUGGCUGGUGUCAGUGGCUGGUAUCCAAGGGGCUGAACUGGCAAAGCACCGAAGGCUCAGAGAGGGAACCUGGAAGCCGCCCAAGCUCCUCAAACCAAAACCAGCACAGAUAUGAAACCCUGCAGCUCCAGUGGACUCAGGAGGAGGAAACCAGACAAUGGAAACUGUAGCCAGCUGGGGAUGGGGUGGGGGCCAACCUGUCCCCGCCCUCACCACCCUUGGGAGGGGUAGACAAUAAAGAGAAAGAAGAGCAGGAGUCUGGGUAUUGGUGGUCCAGGCUGGGCCUGAGCUGUCAUUGAGGAGCGGGGGGCCGAAAGGGAAGUUCACACACAGGAAACCACAGGCGGGCAGAGCAGAAAAGAAAGCUUGGAGUGGUCUGGGGGACUGGCCUCAACAGGCCCCCAGGAGUCCAAGGAGACCCCACUGCAGCCGU